GCUACAACUUUGAAUUUAUAAUUAUUUAAAACUUUGAAUGAUAUGAGCUCUACAUCUUCAAGGACUCGGAAAGCCGAAACAAUGGCGGGAAACAAAACCCUAGAAACCCACAAAGAUGAAAGGGUGAGUGCUACAACUGAUAGCAGAAAGAAAGAGAUGGAUAAAGUGAUACCGGAGGCGGGGGAGCUGCCAAGAGCUAUCGUCCGCCGGGUCGUGAAGAAUAAGCUCUCCCAAUGCUCCCACGACUGCGACAUGUCCGUUCACAAAGAGUCCCUCCUCGCUUUCUCCGAGAGCGCUCGCAUCUUCAUUCACUACCUGUCCGCUACGGCUAAUGAUAUAUGUAGGGAAUCGAAGAGGCAGACUAUCAACGCUGAUGAUGUGCUGAAAGCGCUUGAAGAAAUCGAGUUUCCGGAGUUCCUGAAGCCUCUUAAAGCCUCUCUUGAUGGGAAAAGUGUUUUCUUGUUUAUUCUGGUGGAAAUGCAUGUGUGGAUACUUGAAAGAAGGUAACUCCAAUGGAGCUAUUUACAGUUGGUCCAGACUUUCUCCCAAUCUCUGUUAUGAACAAGGUCUGCAGAGAAGCUUUGGAGAUUUUUAUCAAAUUUAGGAUUUGAUCGCUAAAAAAAGCUGCCAACUACCAAGUAUAGGCGCCAAGCUCAGAAAUGAGCAUUGGAACUUUUUAUUGGUAAGGGGAAAUUUAGUUAUGGAGGAAUAUUCAGUAAUGAGAGUAAAGGUUGGUUUUGUGCCCUCUCAGUUAUGUCUCAAUUUGCUAUAUGGAACGCAUUGAACAAGUGAUUUGCAAUCUAACUUGCACUAAAAUGGCUCUUGCUGAUUUUAGAAGCAGUAUUGAGAUUUUCAGCUCCUUUUAAGUUCUUCUGGACUUUGCUUUUAUAGUAACAUAGGACAGCUUGAGCAAGCAAGUUGGUUGAGCCACGAAGGUGUCAAAACAAGGCAAGUUUGAAUUGCUCUGAGUGAAUUGCUGUGAAGGUCUUAGUUAAGCUUUCCUUUGUGCCUUUGCAAAAUAAGCAUGGAAUACCAUUAAAACUUGGAAUCUCCUUAUCUUUUUCUUUUUUUUAAUUCUUUUUUUAUAUUUAAAAAUUUAUUAGUAUCAAUAGGUGUAGCCAAGUACACUAGAUGUAUACAAGAGAGAGGGCAUAGAAAUAGAUACAAGGAAAUCGUGAACAUUAAGCCCAUGAUAGGGAAAUGAUCCGAACAAAGCCCAAGAGGGAGAAAUUAGAAACCUAUCCAAUCUAGAUCAGCCCGAUUAGAUGACCAUGUGAAUGAUCCUCCAAUCUCUUGCUUGUGACAAAGACGCACCUCCCCCGAUCCUCCAAUCUAGAUUUCGCCCAUAAACUCCAGCAAAGGCCCAUUCGAAAUCAUCUACCACCUUUUAAAAAAGGUAAGCCACUAUAAAUUCCCCGACACACUUCUUAACUCUCUCCGGCACUCUUGUAUCCCACAAAAUUAAUACUCCACCCGAAGCUCCCUUAGAAGCUAAAUAGGACCAUCCUAAGUAUUGGCAACUCCACAAACUCCGAACAAGCAAUUCAAAACACACAAUAUCAACUUUCAACAAGCGGAGGAACUUUUUAGUUUGGAGACACUUAUUAAUCUUGUUUAUUCCCUGAACAUUCCAAGUUAAAUUAUUGGGCUUUACAAUACAACUGGUUUUGCCCACCCUCUAGUCCUCCUUGACUUGGACUACCUCCCUUAGCAUCGUUGUUGAUUUGCCCAAGUAAGACGCUUUAACUUCCUGCUCUUCUUAGAUCUUGGUUUUGUUCCAAGUAAGUGACCCGCUUCAAUUUCUGUAUAUAUUGCUGUGAAUUGGUCCUCAAAUCCUCCACAUGUAGUCCCCACACUGCUGUAUUUCGUUAACCUUUUGCAAAACCCAAUCCUUCUAGGCAUGGGCAAACUGGAAAUGGAUCCUUGGGGGAAGCCAACCACAAGAUUAUUGCUUGGCCAAGUUACAAUUACUAAAUAACAUAAAAAAAUAAAUAAACAAAAUUGGAGACUUUUUGUUU